AACUAACAAAGCUCUGCCUUCCAUUCCACUCAGCAUUAUAGUAUAAAGAUUGAGAGAACCAGCUACUCUAUAUAGAUCUAUGGCCCGGAAGAGUAGAUCAAGUGUUGAUAUGGGUGAGUCUGCAAUUAAACUGGCCCUCAGAGAACCAGAUGGGAUAAUAGUGAAUUACAUUAUUGAUGAUGGGACGCCAUUGGAGCUACUCAUGAAGACGUACUGUCAGAAAAAAGAACACAAUAGGAAGAACGUCACAUUCACAUAUCUAGGGACACCAAUACUGAGCAUGCAGACUGCAAAAGACCUCAAUAUGAAGGACGGAGAUACUAUUGUAAUACAAAUUAAUGAAGUAACACAAAAAUGAUGUAUUUUAAUAUGACUAUUUUUAUCUUUUUAUUGUCUCCACUUAACUUCUUUAUAUGCAUACAAAAUGUGCAUUAAAAAUAUUAAAAUAGCUUGCUUGCUUUUUGAAUUAAAAAACCUCUUAAAAGUUUAA